AUGAAACUGACGCCGGACGUCAUCGAGGCGGCCUUUCAGUUCAUCAACAAGGCGACCCGAGACCGGGAGCUCGACCUGCGCGGCUACAAGAUCGGCGCCAUCGAGAACCUGGGCGCCACGCUGGACCAAUUCGACUGCCUCGAUUUCACCGACAAUGACAUCCGCCGACUGGAAAACUUUCCGCUGCUGUUGCGCACCAAGCGCCUCUACCUGAGCAACAACCGCAUCGUGAAGAUCGACGAGACGCUUCACGAGAGUCUGCCCAACCUGGAGGGCCUGCUGCUGAUCAACAACCAGCUGCAGGAGCUGGGCGACCUCGACCCGCUGACCAAGUUCAGCCGACUGGAGAUGAUCUCGCUGUACGGAAACCCGGUGGCCACGAAAAAGCACUACCGCCUGUACUUGAUUCACAAGCUGCCCAGCCUGCGGCUGCUCGACUUUAAGAAGGUGAAGCUGAGGGAGCGCGAAGAGGCGGAGAAGCUAUUCGGCGGCGAGGCCGGCCAGAAGUUGGCCGCGGAGAUUGGCGUCAAGUCGCGAACCUUCACGCCGGGCGAGGACCUGCAGCACCAGCAGCAGCUGUUGCAGCAGCAGGCGGCGGCGGCGAAGCGGCAGCUGAGCGCCGCCGAGGUGGCCGCCAUCAAGGACGCCAUCAAGAAGGCCUCCACGCUGGACGAGGUGGAGCGCCUGCAGGAGAUGCUCAAGUCGGGCUGCAUUCCCAACGCACAGGCGGCCGCCAUUCAGAUGGACACCUACUGA